AUGGACCUUUGCCGGGAACUUUUCAUCAAUACUAGCCAAGGGCAUGGCAACUCGGGUCGUAAGCUGACUAUACUGCCGAAUGGUGUUUUGCCGAAAAAUAGCCCACCUUUCAGCAAAAUUGACGAUGAGAAUGGCCUCGAAAUCUUCUGCUCUAAGUAUACCUACUUGCAAAUAUUUGUUGAAGCUCGAAACCACUUACAAAGUUGUGGUGCGAACACUCUAAGUAAUGACGAGGAGACAUACUUAGCGACCUUGGGUCUUUUGUUGAUUACCCCAGAGGACCGUACAGUUUUGAAUCUGCACGAAGAGCUACUGUUAAGGAGACUAAAGACGCAACUGGGCGACCGAUGGGCUGUCACCGAGGAAUCUAAGUUGCUUUUCGAAUGCGAACUAUCUGCGAUUAUGCUCCUACUGACAUCCUCUAGUAAUCGAGUCAACAAAUCAUCCUCAUUAUGGCUUCUCUUUAAAAAGCUGUACACGCUGAAAAGAGAAGUUUUCGUGAAUUCAAAAAUAAACUGUUGCCAACUUUUUAUGUCUUCUGCUGAACGACAUAUUUCAAAUUUCUACUGUUGGAACACCCUUCGAUGGGUAUAUGACCUGGAAGGGCCAGCCGCACAGACAGAGCUUUUCGAGGCGGUGUGGAAUUUUAGUAAAAGACAUCCCAAAGACAGUUCUGCAUGGUGGGCUCUCGGACACAUUUUAUUGAGGCUGCCUGGACCAGCGUCCGAUUCUAUUCAAAGUUACAAUGCUUUGAGGGCAAGAUUUCACUUGACCAAUCGUUUCACGCAGGCACUGAACUCCGAGCGUCAUUUCGGAAAGGAACCUGGUGCCAAUGUGGCACUUUACUUUUCCAAAAUCAUGGCUUACAUUGAAGUUGGGGAGGUCCGGGACUGGCCACCAUUUGGAUGCCUUGUAAGGUUAUCUCAACACAUGUCGAGUGAAGAGCACUACCAUUCGCUGCGAACGUGGCGCAAUGAGAUUGAUGCAUUUGAGGAAAAUUACUUUGAAAUAAACCAGAAGUCAGUCGCUUCGGCCAUCUAUAAAAAUAAUCGAGGCUUGCUGAUCCAGAGAUCAGUCGAAUCCUUACUCCUUCGCAAGACUUCAUUGAGUAAGAUUGAUAUCGUGUCGUUGCGGAACACUAAAAAAGUGGACUCAAAAAACAAAAAAAACUAA